AUGGAAGAAUGUUUGACAUCCGGCCAAGAUUUUGUGUUUCAGCAAGAUGGUGCAGCGUGCCAUACCUCAAAAAAGGCUAUAAAAUGGAUGGAAGAAAAUAAUCUACCACUUUUGAAAUGGGUUUCUAGCAGUCCAGAUCUGUCACCUAUUGAAACUUUGUGGCACGAGAUGAAAAAGGUUCUACGACAACAUCCUGCUCAAAAUUUUCGCGCCAUAAUUUAUUACAACUUUCAGAGACAAUUAUCGCAACAAGAAUGCCUUGCUGAGUUACUGUCUGUUUUCGGCAACGAAGCGCCACAUCAGUCGACAAUUUCCCGUUGGUAUGGAGAAUUCAAACGUGGACGGGUGAGUCUUAGCGACGAUUCCGGGCUGGGUGCACCAAAAACGGCAGUCACCCAGGAAAACGUCGAUGCUGUGCGCAAACUCAUCAUUGAAGAUAUACAUGUGACAUAUCGCGAGAUUAAGGCGUCCUUGAAGAUCUCAAAGACCUCAAUUCAAAAAAAUUUACAUGUAGAAUUAGGAGUAAGAAAAUUAGUUUUUCGUUGGAUACCCCACCUGUUGAAUGAAGAGCAGAAAGCAGCCAGGGUUAAUUGGUGUCAAAAAAGGCUUGACCGUUUCAAUUCCGGAAACUCAAAAAAUGUGUACAGCAUUGUUAGUGCGGGUCAUAUUUCAACAAUUCCUCUUAAUGAGCAAAGAACUGUUACUGCGGAUUGGUAUACCACCAUUUGUUUGCCAAAAGUCAUCCCCGAGCUUCGAAAAAUCAACCCCGAAAGAAGAAUCGUCCUCCACCAAGACAAUGCAAGCUCGCACACAGCACAAAAAACCAGGCAGUAUUUAACGGAAGGAAAUGUGGAAUUAUUGGACCAUCCUCCAUAUAGUCUCGAUCUAAGUCCUAACGAUUUCUUUACUUUCCCGAAAAUUAAAAACAAACUGCGUGGUCAAAGCUUCCAGUCAUCAGAAGAACCAGUUGACGCAUUCAAAAAUACCGUUUUGGAUCUGCCAGCAAACGAGUGGAAUAAGUGCUUCGAAAAUUGGUUCGAGCGCAUGCAGAUAAGGUUGACUCUGGACUUCUUACGCAACGCAGUCGUCAGUUCAUAA